CCACCCCUACCUCCACCUCGUCCACUACCCCUGCCCUUGCCCCGUGCUGCUGCAAUAAUUUGCGGAUGGAUGACGCCCUCCACUUGGUUCUCUACCAGGAGUUGAUCUUCAUUCUGAGCCAUCUGAGCAUGCUCAAUAUUUACACCGCAUGCCACACCGCUCUGGCCCUCCGCAGCAUCCAAAUUUUGAACUGGGUUAUCUCCCAGGAGUUCAUCCAAGUCGAUAAGUGGACCUUCAUCUCUCAGCAGGAACUCCAAGUUGAAAUCACCUUGAUCUCCAACCAUCAUGUCGUCAAGAUUGUCAAGCUGAACCACUUGACCAACCCCACCUCCCUGGCCGCCGCCACCCCCAGCAAGACCACGGGGCUUCACUUCCUUAGACUCUCCACAAUGUAGGUGGGUUUAGGAGGGAAAGUGGGAAAAUAACCCACAAUGUGGAUGAGAAAAGUGGAAAAGAUGGAGAAAGGGGAAAAUUUGGUGGGAAUACCCACCCACUAGCAAACAAAUGGUGGAUGCAAUGGAGGGAGGAGGGGCCCAUUGCCGGGCCCGCAUAUAAUUUUUUUUGUUCUAUUUUUUUGUUCUAUUUUUUUGUUUUAAUGAUUUUCUUUUAUUGUGAGGUAUUUUGAUUGGUUUUAUCCGCAAUUGACAAAAUUAAUGACGUU